ACGAUCCUUGCAAGUUUGUAUAGGAAAACGGCGUACAAUUCCCAGCAUGCCCCAGCUAGCAAUUAAGAGAAGAGGUCUACGGCUCCCAGCAUUCCAUCAGCAAUGCUGAGAAUGGCGUCUUUUUGUUCAGUAUAAGUAUGUGUAGCACUGCCCCCUAAAGGCUGUGACCUUGCGGCCGCUUUCCCCAACAUGGUGCCCUUUUAAACUACAAAACCCAGCAAACCUGACCCUUGGUCAUGCUGGCCGGGGCUGAUAGGAGCUGAAGUCCCAAGCAUCUGGUAGGCAGCGAGUUUAGGGUGGCCCCUUUACAACCUGAUCCGGCGCGUGCUUUCGGCGCACCCACCCCAGCGCCAGUAACGGUGCCUGCAAGCCUCGCGCCGAGGCACCCCAGCGGGACGACCCUCCCGCAGGGGCGGAACUCGCGUGGCUCGGGGAGCGGUUCUCGGGGGGAUCUUGUGAGGACCGGAGCGCCGGGGCAGGCGCUCUACCGUCGUCCGGUAGAUCUGCUCAGGUGGGGAAACGUUAGAGCUGCUCCCCUACCCGGAUAGCCAAGCGGGCAGCGCGUCCCUGCGGUGGGGACGCAGGCUCUCCCCGGGAGCGCUGAGCAGCUCGGCCGUGCGAGCGGCGCCCUGCUUGCGCCCUCUGAGCGCCGCAGGGGCUGCCCGAGAGGGGCGCGCGGGCCUUGCAAGUGGCUAUGGACAUUUCCUUAAAAUAGCUUGUUUUUGUUUCUUAGCCCUUUCAUUAGGCUCUGCUGCAGUUGUGCUUUUGUUGCUUGUGUCACACACUGCAAGCUGAGUGUCUGCUGCUUUAUUACAAGGUGCAUAUUUGUUUGUCCAAGGCUUAGAGAUUUAACCAUAUUGACCAGUAAGUAAGUAUUUUUUUUAAUCAAUCAUCAUGCUGGAUUACAUGGAGCCCCCUCAAACAGAACGAGCUCUUUCAUUCUAGCCUUGCAAUCUGGACACUAAUGUAGAAGUAGGUCUAGCUUUGGUCAGUGGCGCUUACUCCUCAGUCUAACAUUUAGCCUUGUGCCAAGUCUUAGAACACAUUGGAUGAAGAAGAUGAUGAUGAUGAUGAAGGAAGCACUAGCUGUGGUUGUCGUUAGGAACUGAUCUGCAACUCUCUUAGCUUUUGCAGGCAUGGAUCUUGAUGAUGCAGAAGAACAGGCAACAGCGCUGCUUGGGAGGGGCACCCCUUGGGGCCCUUUCCAGAUUGCCUGUGGCACUGGCUUAGUCCUCUACCUGGCAUGGGCUGGCUCUCUGGCUCUUGGCCUCCGCAAAAUGUCUCCUGUGCAGGUGCCGUUUGUCCCGUCGAGUGCCGUGCAAGUGAGAAAUAUGAUGUCACUGCUGGAAGGACGUUUCGGAAAGCUGGUUGAUUUGGGGUCGGGCGAUGGGAGAGUUGUGCUGGAGGCCUACAAACAAGGCUUCAGACCAGCAAUUGGCUAUGAACUCAAUCCGUGGCUCUUACAACUGUCCAACUGUCGUGCGUGGUGGGCUGGGUGUUAUGGAAAGGUUUCCUAUCUACGAGAAGAUCUCUUGAAGGCAGAUCUCUCCAACUGCAACAACGUCACUGUCUUCUUGGCCCCCAGCAUGGUACCUCUCCUGGAGAAAAAGCUGCUUUCUGAACUUCCAGACGAAGCCUGUGUCGUGGCUGCUCGCUUCCCUUUCCUUGGCUGGACACCCACCAGAGUUGCUGGAGACAAUUUGGAACGAGUGUGGGCCUACAACAUCCGGGAUGUACGGCGAGCAGGACAGAGCACGUCAGGAAAAAACCCAGUAAAAGAGGGAGUGACUUCCAGUGCAUUCUGAUGCACAGUCCUGGAUAACCUGCAUCUGGAAGCAUCCUUGGCUUCAAAACUAUCAACCCAAACUAUAUAGGAAAAGAGAGUUCACUCAUGCUAGCCUUGCACCCAAAGGGCCACUUCUUCUUAAUGGUAAAGUGCAAAAAGGAAGCCAGUUCAAACGGCGGCGGCAGUAGUCACAGCCUCCCUUUCCACCAGCAUGUAGGAAAGGCACUAUGCUAGUACCUCAAACACUGAAAGGCAGGACCUGGUGAUUUGCAAAACAAGGUUUCGUUCCUUGUGGACUUGGAUGCAGCCUAGACUGUCAAUAAUCUUGGUUGGCACUUAAAAAAACUAAGCUACUAGAACUCAAGAUUCUCAAGAUUCAAAAUGUACGUGCAGCGCCCUUUAAAGGAUUGGGUUUGGAGGGCAAUUUGUCCAGAAUGUUCAAGGACGGGAAAAAAACAUGUACACCAUCCCUUUGCAUGGCCACUCAUCCCUCAGUUCCCAGGUCUUUGCCAACAAAUGUUGAAGGGUUAAUAGAGGACAGGCUAAUUAGGAAUCUGUAUGUUACAUUUGUGCAAAUGUGUCAAUACAUAUAAUUUUAACUCAUGUUAAACUUGCUUCAAGAGAACUCAGAUAUUUUACUUAUUAUUAUUCUUGUAUACUGCUCAACACAGUAAAAUCUGUAAGUGGCUUAGCAA